AAUACUUCGUUGCUUUGCUAGCGAUCGUUCGUUGCGUUGUUAAAAAACAUAAAGCUGCAGAUCGCCGGGAGAAUAUCGCUUUAAAUUCAAAUUUCUGUAAACCGUUUACUGCAAUUAUGUUACAUCUUUCGCCACUAUGGUUGUGAGAUCAUCGCGUCGUUGAAGUGCAAUCCCAGUCUUGGUCGAAAAUUGGUUAAUGUUUUUUGCCUUAAGUAGUGUGGAGAAAUGUAAGGAACACCGGCUGAAACCGCCUUUUUCGGGCUUCAGCGAUGCGAAAAUAGUUCGCUAAAACGCAAAAGGCGACGCGUCUUUUUGGCUCUCUAAAAGGGCAGGCUGGAAAACUCGAAAACUGGGGCCAAUAAAAGAUACAUACAAGAAAAAUAAGCGAGUGCGCGAAAUCGACUGCGUGUGCGCUGCGAGUGUGUUCGUGUACGAGCAAAAAACAAAAAGAGGAAAAACAAAAAUAAACAAAUAAAACUAGUGUGAAGAAUAAUUUGCGCUGUUUAAACAAUUAGCCGCAAAACAAACGCCGGAGUGAGUGCCUGUGUGUGUGUAUCUGAAUCUGUAUUUGCAUCUGUAUCCGUAUCUGUAUCCCUGGAAUGCGCAGUUGCGCAUGCGCAAAUAUUUGUGAUUUGUUUUGAAAGGAGAGAAGGAGCGAAAGAGAGAGCGCGAGAGGUAUCGGAUUGGAAUAAAAAACACAUCUCCUGGCAUUCGCAAAAGUGACUUGACAAUAUGACUCCGAGGUCGUAGACUCCGGGAAAUCAAGGAGAGGGACGGCAGAGCGACAGAGACCGAAACCGAAACGACACAAGGCGAACAAGGAACCAACACGAAAAUGUCCGGCAAUCAACAACAGCAGCAGCAGCAACUACAACAACAGCAACAGCAACUACAACAACAACAACAGCAGAAGUCAUUAACUAACAACGCGGCAGCCACACAAAGCACAAACGGAGCAACCACUUUGGGCCAUAAUUUGAUAAAAAUAAAUAGCGUUGACAAAAUAAUAGGCAAAGCCCAGGCAGCGACGCAGGCAAUUAACAAACUACAGCAGCAGCAGCAACAGCAGCAACAACAACAGCAACAGAUCCACCAGCGACGCUCUUUGUUGCCAGCAACAGGAGGAGCAGCGGCAGCAGCAACAACAGCAGCAACAGCAACGCCGAAUCCCCACCAGCAACACUCAGCGCAGCAACAAAGCGGAACGCCAGCGGCUCAGUCGCCAGCCCAAAAACAGCAGCAGCAGCAAUCACAUCAAUUGCAGACGGUGGCCACGAUACACCAGCCGCACUCCACGCAGCAGCAGGCCCUGACUUCCCGCCUGCCCAUCCAGCAGCAGACCGCCAAGGAGUUGCCCAACCUAGCUGCCCAGCAGCCGGCGCAGCAGCGUCGCAGCUUCCACUACCAGUUGCAACACCAUCAGCAGCAGCAGCAACAGCAACAGCAACAGCAGCAGCAAUCUCUGCGCAGCCCGCAGCUAAAGGCCCCGGCCCCCGCCCACUCCAUCCCGCCGAGGUACCAGCCCCCGCCGCAGCCCACCAACGGGAUCCUCAAGCCGCACCUGCCGCUCAAGUAUCCGCCGGAUAUCCCGCAGCUAUCGAGCAUCUACAUUCCCGACUCCAUCAAGCAGCAGCAGCAGCAGCAGCAGCAACAGCAGUCGCGCUAUCUGCAACACCCGCCGGCAGCGAAGGAUAUGCUGAAGUUUGUGCGCAAGCCGGACCAGGAUCACCCAUCGCCCAAUGCCUCGGUCACGUCCAGCGGCACUGGGAUCCCCACGGCCAACGGAGGAGGAGGUCGCCUCACGGCCGAGCAGAACCGCCAGCUGCAGUCGCUGGUCAACGAGCUGCGCGCCCUGAAGGAGCAGAACCAGCGGCUGCUGGACGACAACCAGGAGCUGAGGGACCUCUGCUGCUUCCUGGACGACGACCGGCAGAAGGGUCGCAAGCUGGCCAGGGAGUGGCAGAGGUUCGGACGCUACACGGCCAGCGUGAUGCGCCAGGAGGUGGCCGCCUAUCAGAACAAACUACGUCAGCUGGAUGACAAGCAGCAGGAGCUAAUCACCGACAACCUGGAGCUGAAGGAGCUCUGCCUCUACUUGGACGAGGAGCGCGCCCAUGUGGCGGCCAACGCGCUGUGCGCCGGAUGUGGAGCCGCCACCAGGAAUGCCCUGCGAGAUGAUGGCGAUGGCUCCAGUUCCAGCACGAAUGCGGAUGAGACCAUCACCGCGCUGAGGAACUACGCGGAGCAGCGGCAGCUACCGCAGGAUCUACGUCAUGCCCACACGCUGAACGACCAGACGCUUCAGUAUGUGCGAUCCCUGGAGCGGCGCAUCCAGCAGUUGGAGGAGGAGCGGACCACGCCCACUGCCCACCUGCAGCAGCCGACGACGCCCACGCCCACGCCAACGCCCACAUCAGCCGCCGCACCAGCCAAAUCAGCUCCUUCGCCCCACCAGCAACUCCAGCAGCAGCAGCAGCAACACCAGCAGCUGCAGCAGCAACAUCAGCAGCAGCAGCAGCAGCAGCAAACGCAGCAGCAACAGAAGGACAUCGUGGCAGCUGCAGCGGCAGCGGCGGCGGCUAUCCAACUGCCGGAACCGAUCGCCGGACGCCCGGAGGCGGUGGUCCGUGCGCUCCAGGUGCUCGAGGUGCGGGAGCAGCUGGAGCGGGACCGGCUGGGCAACCUGGCCGGGAGCGCCCUCGACCAGAUGGACGACGGAGAGAAGGCGCUGGUGCGCGAGAUGUGCAACGUGGUGUGGCGCAAGCUGGAGGGCAGUCCCCACGGACCGGCCGCCCUGGAGCCGCUUUAAGCCGACGGAGAUCCAGUUGGAGAUCCACAUAAACCUAAACCGGGCUAACACACCUAGACUCUAAUGUUUAAUGCUAACUUAUGCCGUAAUAUUUAACCCUAAACAUUGUACAAAGUUCAAACCACAACCUAAGCAUAAGCAACCGCUCCGAAGGCGAAAGAAUACUCAAAAAAUACCUGGGAUGCUCCAGCAACUGAUUUGGGGCAGAGAGUACUCCUAAUGAAUUGUCAACUCAAUUUUUUUUAUUGCCAGACCCAGCUCCAAAAUCGAGCUUUAACUGGUUUAAAGCUGGAACACUUGGAUGCGAACCGAUGACUCCACAAAAUCGAAUAAUCAACGCAGCUGUUGUUUAUUUCCGAUUGGGACCAACAUUCCUGGGAUCACUCUUUUUAAUUAGUUCGUAACUCCGCCGAUCAGUUGAUGGAGUAGGCUCACAAUUAUUUUUUACUUAUUAUAAACUUUGACUGUUAUUUUUGAAUGCCAAGAAGAAAAGUACUUUCACGAAAAAUUUGCUAACUCGAAAUACAAUGCAACUCAAAUAUUUCCAUA